AGAUGGGGCGCGGUGGCGAGAAGCUCUCCUCGGAGGGUCAGCGGGGUCCCGCGGGGUCUCUGAGGCGCGACAGCUGGUCGUUCAACUCGCUGAAGAGCCUGAGUGACCUCAAGGACGAUCUGUCCACCCUGCGCCACCUGUGGUUCUCCAAGGCUGGCUCGGCGCGGAAUCAUGCUGCCAGGCUUGAGGCUUUCUACGGUCCUCAGGCCGCGGCAUGUGAGGAGUGCUGCGGGGCGGAGACCGCGUAG